UUGGCUUGAACACUGAACGCAUGUGGGGAUGGACCAACAAACUGACCGCUUGUGUUACAUAAAGUGUUUUUGCAUUCGCGGUUUGAUAAACCAUCAUGUACUAGACUGUGCACUCUUAAAACUAAAGGUUCUUUAGUGGCAUUGAUGGUUCCAAGAAGAACCUUAAACCACUUUUGGAACCUUUAUUUUUAAGAGUUUAUAAUCAACUUAAAUGCAUUUACAACUACAAAUUAUAUUAAUAUGUCAAUGUUUUAGCUUGACAUUUGGGAGUUCCUGUGAAAGAGUAAAGCAUGGCACUAACAGGCAAUGUAAGAAUUAAUCGAAAUUUAUAGACCAACAAAAAUAUAUUCUAAAAACAUUUUGCUGACGUUCCCAUUGGAUAAAAGCAUCUGGCAAAUGUGCAGCUGAUUUAGUGCAUCAGCACUGAUCAAAAAGCAUGUCUUUACUGUGCUCAACUACAAACUCUCACCGGACUUUAAAAACCAACAGCUGAGACGCACAAAUGCUCAGAGAUGUGUACUGCAUUGAGUAUUAGAGAUUGUCAUUAGUGUUGCACGCGUGUUUCUGUGAAUGAAAACUAACACUCAAAGAGAGUUGUUGUACUUAAAGGCAAAGGGCAAGAUACAUAAACGCCUGCUUGUGAUCAUGAGCUUGUGCAUUAAGCACAUAUUUGGACCUGAUGCGUCUUUAGCACCAGCCGUUUGAGCCAGAAUAUCUCUCGUCUUGCCUUGGUGCCUUUAACCUGAUCAUAACCUCACAGCCGAAGGGUCUUUCACAGCAAAAGUAUUGCUUUGUUGUAGAUGAGAGUGAGGCUGUUACACCGGCCGCACGGAGGUUUAACCUAGUGCGACUGCAGGUUCAAAGUGUGGACAAGCCCUUGUACCGCGGGACGUAUCACUGCUUCCAGUCAAUCGUUCGACAAGAAUCGAUGUUGGGCCUCUAUAAGGGCAUCGGCUCCCCCAUGAUGGGCCUGACCUUCAUCAACGCCAUCGUGUUCGGCGUCCAGGGCAACGCCAUGCGCAUGUUGGCCGCAGACACGCCGCUGCAUCAGUUCCUGGCGGGCGCGGCGGCCGGACUCAUCCAGUGCGUCAUCUGCUGCCCGAUGGAGCUGGCCAAGACCCGCAUGCAGAUGCAGGGAACGGGCCAGAAGAGCCCGUCCAGGAAGCUCUACAAGAACUCUCUGGACUGUCUGGUCCGCAUCUACCGGAAGGAGGGAAUCCGAGGAAUCAACCGAGGAAUGGUGACCACCGUCAUCCGCGAGACGCCCGGCUUCGGCGUCUACUUCCUCACCUACGACACGCUGACGCGAUCGCUGCACUGCGAACCCGACGACGGCUACAUCAUUCCUAAGCUGCUCCUGGCAGGCGGCAUGUCGGGAAUCGCAUCCUGGAUCUCCACCUACCCCGUGGACGUCAUCAAGUCCCGCCUCCAGGCGGAUGGCGUGGGCGGAGCCAACAAGUACGACGGCAUCGUGGACUGCGUCCGUCAGAGCUGGCGGAGGGAGGGAUGGAGGAUGUUCACUCGCGGCCUGACCUCGACUCUCCUGAGAGCGUUCCCCGUCAACGCCACCACCUUCGCCACCGUCACGCUCUUCCUCAUGUACAUGCGCGAGGACGAAUGCGUGAAGGACUGCGAGUCCAUGCCGACCUUGCAGCACAGCAGCCUGUGAAAGACUUCAGCCAUGGAUCCUUCUGACAUAAACUUAUGAAGAGAGAAAAGGUCUGAAUAAUGUUUGAUGGACCACUGAAAUAUUGGGAUGAGAGAAAGUCUCCAUUGGGUUCAAGGAUUCCCGCAUUUGGCAGUGCUUUUAUCCAAAGCCACUUGCACAGUUACAUCUGAUCUGUUCUUGCUUUCCCUGGGAAUCGAACCCAUGACCUUGGCGUUGUGAGCGCCGCGAUCUAAUGUUUGAGCUAAAGAUCAUCAUCCAUAGAAACAUCUGAUGCUGAUGAAGGAUCUACCGAUGUAGGGAUGAAUCAUAGGGAGCUUUUGGACAGAACCACAUGUGAGAGGCUGAACUGUGACUUCUUCUCACGCGGUCAUAAAAAAAUGUGCAAAAUAUGCUCCUAUAGUGAUGCAACAGCUUGUCAUCUGGAGCAUUACUGUUAAAGGGCCUUAUUCAGCCCUAAAAAAGUCAUAGUAGUACCUUAAGGGCAAGCAU